AUGACCGUUCAAACACUUGCCAUCGCCGUGGUGACGGUGGUAUACUUCAUCAUUCGCUACUUGAACCGCACCGAUGUUCCGAAGAUCAAGGGCCUGCCGGAAAUCCCUGGCGUGCCGCUGUUUGGCAACCUGCUACAACUAGGAGUGCAACACGCGCAGGUGACGGCCAAAUGGGCCAAGAAAUACGGCCCGGUCUUCCAGGUGCGAAUGGGCAACAAGCGCAUCGUGUUUGCCAAUAGCUUCGACUCGGUCCGCCAGCUGUGGAUCAAGGACCAGUCCGCCCUCAUCUCCCGCCCAACCUUCCACACUUUCCACAGCGUGGUAUCCAGCUCGCAAGGGUUCACCAUCGGUACUUCCCCCUGGGACGAGUCCUGCAAGCGUCGCCGUAAGGCGGCGGCGACUGCUCUGAACCGUCCGGCAACUCAGUCCUACAUGCCCAUUAUCGAUCUCGAAUGCAACUCCAGUAUCAGGGAACUGUAUCGGGACAGCAAGAAUGGCACCGUCGAUAUCAACCCGACCGCGUACUUCCAGCGGUUCGCGCUCAACACCAGUCUGACGCUCAACUAUGGUUUCCGCAUCGAGGGGAACGUGGAUGACCAGCUCUUGAAGGAAAUUGUGGACGUUGAGCGUGGCGUGUCCAACUUCCGUAGUACGUCGAACAACUGGCAAGACUACAUUCCCUUGUUGCGCAUCUUCCCCAAGAUGAACACCGAGGCCGAGGAGUUCCGCGUGCGACGCGACAAAUAUUUGACCUAUCUCUUGGACAUUUUGAAGGACCGCAUUGCUAAGGGCACUGACAAGCCGUGCAUUACCGGUAAUAUUAUCAAGGACCCCGAAGCGAAGCUAAAUGAUGCUGAGGUGAAAUCCAUCUGCCUGACCAUGGUUUCUGCGGGCCUGGACACCGUGCCCGGUAAUUUGAUCAUGGGCAUUGCUUACUUGGCCUCGGAGGAUGGCCAGCGAAUUCAAAAGAAGGCGUACGACGAGAUCAUGACAGUCUAUCCCAACGGCGAUGCCUGGGAGAAAUGCCUGGUUGAGGAGAAGGUUCCUUAUGUCACAGCUUUGGUCAAGGAAACCCUGCGAUUCUGGACUGUCAUUCCGAUUUGCUUGCCCCGUGAAAGCACCAAAGAUAUUGAAUGGAAUGGAAGCACCAUUCCAGCUGGGACCACCUUCUUUAUGAAUGCCUGGGCCGCAGACUACGACGCGGACCACUUCGACCAGCCGGAGAAGUUUAUCCCCGAGCGUUACUUGGAGCUCGGAGAGGCAUCUGGCACUCCCCACUAUGGAUAUGGUGCCGGGUCUCGUAUGUGCGCUGGCUCGCACUUGGCGAACCGGGAACUCUACACGGCGUUCUUGCGUCUCAUCACUGCAUUCAAGAUGCACCCCGCCAAGGUGGCUGGAGAUCGCCCGAUCCUCGAUGCGAUUGACUGCAACGCGAUUCCCACGGCCCUGACGACGGAACCUAAGCCGUUCAAGGUCGGCUUCACGGCUCGGGAUCCCAAGAAGCUGGAGCAGUGGAUCGCUGAGAGCGACGAGCGGACGAAGGAUCUGUAA